AUGGUCAUGAAACCUGAAGUUGAGCAAGAAUUGGCUCAUGUACUAUUGACCGAACUUUUGGCGUACCAGUUUGCAUCGCCUGUGAGAUGGAUUGAAACCCAAGAUGUGUUUUUGAAGGACUUCAACACCGAAAGAGUUGUGGAAAUCGGACCUUCGCCUACCCUGGCUGGUAUGGCUCAAAGAACCAUCAAAAACAAGUACGAAUCUUACGAUGCAGCUCUUUCCUUGCAAAGAGAUGUCCUAUGCUACUCCAAGGAUGCUAGAGAAAUUUACUACACGCCAGAUCCAGCCGAUUUGGCUGCCAAGGAGGAAGCAGCCGAGCCAGUUGACUCGGGCUCGAGCUCUGCUGCACCUGCAGCUGCGCCAGCUGCGGCUGCCGCCGCCGCCGCUCCAGCGGCCGCUCCUUCCGGUCCAGUAGCCGAAAUUCCAGAUGAGGCCGUGAAAGCUGGUCUUCUAUUGCACGUUCUCGUCGCCCACAAGCUUAAGAAGAGUCUUGACCAAAUUCCUUUGGCCAAGACAAUUAAGGAUUUGGUUGGCGGUAAGUCCACCGUUCAGAACGAAAUCUUGGGUGAUCUUGGUAAGGAAUUUGGUAACACACCUGAAAAGCCAGAGGAGACCCCUCUGGAGGAAUUGGCUGAGUCCUUCCAAGACACAUUCAAUGGCCAAUUGGGUAAACAAUCCUCUUCGCUGAUCUCGAGACUGAUGUCGUCGAAAAUGCCUGGUGGAUUCACUAUCACUACCGCAAGAAAGUACUUACAGACCCGCUGGGGCUUGGGUUCUGGUAGACAGGACUCUGUUUUGUUGAUUGCCUUGUCUCAAGAACCACCUGCUCGUUUGGGUGCUGAAGGUGAUGCCAAGCAAUACCUUGACGGUGCUGCUCAGAAAUACGCUUCUAUGAGUGGAAUCGACCUUUCUGCUGCCACUUCGUCUGCUGCUGGCGGUUCUUCUGGCGGUGCAGGUGGUGCCACCAUUGAUGCUGCUGCUUUUGACGAGUUGACCAAGGACCAAAGGGUCUUAGCUCGUCAACAAUUAGAAGUACUAGCUCGGUACCUCAAAAUGGACUUGAACAGUGGAGAGAAGAAGUUUUUGAAGGAACAGAACACCACCGAACAACUGCAAGCUCAAUUAGACUUCUUGACCAACGAAUUAGGGGAAUACUUUGUUCAAGGUAUUUCCACUUCGUUCUCUAGAAAGAAGGCCAGAGUUUUCGACUCAUCUUGGAACUGGGCUAAACAGUCGCUAUUAUCUCUAUACUUUGAAAUCAUUCAUGGUGCUUUGAAGAAUGUCGAUAGAGAACUAGUUGCGGAAGCCAUCAACAUUAUGAACAGAUCAAACGAAGCUCUAAUUAAGUUUAUGGAAUAUCAUAUUUCCAAGACUAAGGUUGAGGAAGGUGAAAACUACAAACUUGCCAAGUCUCUUGGUGAGCAAUUGAUUGAAAACUGUAAGCAAGUUUUGGAUUUGGACCCCGUUUACAAGGACGUUACCAAACCAACUGCCCCUCAAACUGUUGUUGACAAAAACGGUAACAUAAACUACGAUGAGGUGCCAAGACCAGCUGUCAGAAAGUUGUCUCAAUAUGUUGAAGAAAUGGCCUUGGGUGGCGCUUUGACUAAGGUUAAACAACCAACUUUGCAAGAUGACCUGACUCAUGUCUAUCAAGCCAUCAACGCCCAGGCUGCUGAACACAAUAUCUCCGACUCCACAAAAAUUCAAUUCGAAAAGUUGUAUGGCGAGCUAUUGAAGUUUCUCGAAACUUCUAACGAAAUCGAUGCAUCUGCUUCUACUAGAUUGGCUGGUGUUGUCGACGACGCUUUGGACAAAGAUGCUACGAAGGAAGUUGCAUCCUUGCCAAACAAAUCUCAGUUUCCAAGCCAGGUUUCGUCCACUAUUCCUAGAGAGACUGUUCCUUUCCUACACUUGAAAAAGAAGUUGGCAAGCGGCGACUGGGUUUACGACCGUCAAUUAUCUUCCCUUUUCCUAAACGGGUUGGAGACCGCUUCAGUGAACGGUGUUACCUUCAAGGACAAAUAUGUUUUGAUCACUGGUGCUGGACAAGGUUCUAUUGGUGCUGAAGUCCUACAAGGAUUGAUUCAAGGUGGUGCCAGAGUUAUUGUCACAACUUCUCGUUUCUCCAAAAAGGUCACUGACUACUACCAAAGCAUUUACGCCAAGUAUGGUGCUAAGGGAUCUACUCUAGUUGUCGUUCCUUUCAACCAAGGUUCUAAGCAGGACGUUGAAGAAUUAGUCGGAUACAUUUACGACGAUGAGAAGAAUGGCGGUCUUGGAUGGGACUUGGACGCCAUCAUUCCAUUUGCCGCUAUUCCAGAAAAUGGAAUCGAGUUGGACAACAUCGACUCCAAAUCUGAGUUUGCUCAUAGAAUUAUGUUAACUAACAUUUUGAGAAUGUUGGGUAAUGUUAAGAAACAGAAGUCUGCUCAAGGCAUUGAAACAAGACCAGCUCAAGUCAUUUUGCCUAUGUCUCCUAACCAUGGUACGUUUGGUGGCGACGGUAUGUAUGCUGAAUCUAAGUUGUCCUUGGAGACUUUGUUCAACAGAUGGCAUUCCGAGUCUUGGUCUAACCAAUUGACCAUCUGCGGUGCUAUUAUUGGUUGGACUAGAGGUACCGGUUUGAUGUCUGCCAACAACAUUAUUGCUGAAGGUAUCGAGAAACUGGGUGUUCGUACUUUCUCCCAAAAAGAGAUGGCUUUCAAUUUGUUGGGAUUAUUGACCCCGGAGGUUAUCCAAUUGUGUCAAACCUCCCCAGUUAUGGCAGACUUGAAUGGUGGCUUCCAAUUCUUACCUGACUUGAAGGAAUUCACCGCGAAAUUGCGUCAAGAGCUUACCGAGACUUCCGAAGUAAGAAAAGCUGUUUCCAUCGAAACAGCCCUUGAGCAUAAGAUUGUUAACGGCAACAAUGCCGAUGCUGCUUAUGCUAAGGCCGAAGUCCAACCAAGAGCUAACAUUCAGUUGGACUUCCCAACCUUGAAACCUUACGAGGAUAUCAAGAAAAUUGCCCCACAAGAACUACAGGGAAUGCUGGACUUGGAUAAGGUCAUCGUUGUGACCGGUUUCUCUGAGGUCGGUCCUUGGGGUUCUUCGAGAACCAGAUGGGAAAUGGAAUCCAAAGGUGAAUUCUCUUUGGAAGGUUGUGUUGAAAUGGCGUGGAUCAUGGGUCUCAUCAAAUACCACAACGGUAACUUGAAGGGACGUCCAUACACUGGCUGGGUCGAUGCUAAGACCAACGAACCAGUUGACGACAAAGACAUCAAGAAGAAGUACGAAAGUCACAUUUUGGACCACGCUGGUAUCAGAUUGAUCGAACCAGAGCUAUUCAAUGGUUACGAUCCAAAGAAGAAGCAAAUGAUCCAAGAAGUUGUUCUUGGUGAAGAUUUGGAACCUUUUGAGGCUUCCAAGGAAGCUGCCACACAGUUCAAGCACGAGCAUGAUGACAAGGUGGACAUUUUCGAAAUCCCUGACUCAGGUGAAUACACCGUCAAACUAUUGAAGGGGGCCACUUUGUUCAUUCCAAAAGCGCUCAGAUUCGACCGUUUGGUUGCUGGCCAAAUUCCAACUGGCUGGAAUGCCAAGACCUACGGUAUCUCCGAUGACACCAUUUCACAGGUCGAUCCAAUUACAUUGUUCGUCUUGGUUUCUGUUAUUGAAGCCUUUAUUGCUUCCGGUAUCACCGAUCCAUAUGAAAUGUACCAGUAUGUCCAUGUUUCUGAAGUCGGUAACUGUUCUGGUUCCGGUAUGGGUGGUGUAUCUGCUCUACGUGGUAUGUUCAAGGAUCGCUACAAAGACCAACCAGUUCAAAACGAUAUUUUGCAAGAGUCUUUCAUCAAUACUAUGUCUGCCUGGGUUAACAUGUUGUUGAUUUCCUCGUCUGGUCCUAUCAAGACUCCUGUCGGUGCUUGCGCUACUGCUGUAGAGUCUUUGGAUGUUGGUGCUGAAACUAUCUUGUCAGGCAAGGCCAAGAUUUGUAUUGUUGGUGGUUAUGAUGACUUCCAAGAAGAAGGUUCUUAUGAAUUUGGUAACAUGGGUGCCACCUCUAACUCUUUGGACGAGUUUGACCAUGGUCGUACUCCUGCUGAGAUGUCUAGACCAGCUACAACCUCCCGUAACGGUUUCAUGGAAUCUCAAGGUUCUGGUAUUCAAGUCAUCAUGGGUGCAGACUUGGCUCUAAAGAUGGGUGUUCCUAUUUACGGUAUUUUGGCUAUGACUGCCACUGCCACUGACAAGAUUGGUAGAUCCGUUCCUGCUCCAGGUAAGGGUAUCUUGACCACUGCCAGAGAACAUCAAGGUAGCUUGAAAUUCCCAACUCCUUUGUUGGACAUCAAGUACAGAAAGCGUCAACUUGAUAACCGUAUUGGCCAAAUCAAGCAAUGGGCUGAAACUGAGCUAGAAAUGUUGCAAUAUGAAGCCGAUGAAAUUCCUGAAGAGGAUCAAUCUGCCUUCUACGCUGAACGUACCGAGCAGCUUCAACGUGAAGCCGAGAGACAACUCAAGGCUGCCCAAUCGCAAUGGGGUAACGAAUUCUACAAGAAUGACCCUCGUAUUGCUCCAUUGAGAGGAGCAUUGGCUACUUUCGGUUUAACGAUCGACGAUUUGGGUGUUGCAUCUUUCCAUGGUACUUCUACUAAGGCAAACGAUAAGAACGAAUCUGCUACCAUCAACAAGAUGAUGAAACACUUGGGUAGAUCUGAAGGUAACCCAGUCUUUGGUGUUUUCCAAAAGUAUCUAACUGGUCAUCCAAAGGGUGCUGCUGGUGCCUGGAUGUUGAACGGUGCUUUGCAAAUUCUAAAUUCGGGUAUCGUCCCAGGUAACCGUAACGCCGAUAAUGUCGACAAAUUGUUGGAACAGUUUGAGUACAUCUUGUAUCCAUCAAGAAGUAUCAAGACGGACGGUAUCAAGGCCGUAUCUAUCACCUCUUUCGGUUUUGGUCAAAAGGGUGGUCAAGCUAUUGUGGUCAACCCAGACUACUUGUACGCAGCUGUUGACGAGUCCACCUACCGCGCGUACGUUGCCAAGGUUUCUGCCAGAGAGCAUGCUGCUCACAAGUACUUCCACAACGGUAUGAUCUACAACACAUUGUUCGUGGCUAAGGAGAACCCACCUUAUGCAGACGAACUCGAGCAACCAAUUUACUUGGACCCAUUAGCCCGUGUUAGCGCCGACAAGAAGACCGGUACUCUACUCUUCAGUGAGAAGAGCUUGAAUGGUCCUUCGACUUACGUUUCGGACGCCAACAUGAAGACCUCUGAGGUUGUUGGUCAAUUGGCCAAGGCAGCCUCUGCCGAAGGUAACGUUGGCGUGGGUGUUGACGUUGAGUUGAUCAAGGCUAUCAAUGUUGAGAAUGACACUUUCAUCGAACGCAACUUCUCGCAAGCGGAAAUUGCUUACUGCAAGAAGCAGCCAUGCGCGCAAAGUUCCUUUGCAGGCACUUGGUCCGCGAAGGAGGCCGUUUUCAAAUCUUUGGGCGUCAAGUCUCAAGGUGGCGGUGCCGCUUUGAAAGACAUUGAAAUUGUCCGCAAGGACGGUACUGGUCCACAAGUUGAACUUCACGGUUCUGCCGCUUCUGCUGCUUCGGCCGCCGGAGUCAAGACUGUUUCCGUGUCCAUUUCUCACGACGACUUCCAGGCCGUUGCUGUGGCCUACUCCCAGAAAUAG